UUCCGAGCUUUUAAAACUGUAGCAACUUCCCAUAUCCCGUACUCAUUCAGUUUAAUUUAUAUUAGUUUAAUAUUUAUUUGGUUUAAUAUACGAUACUUUUAGCGUUUGAACAUCUAAAUAUUAAUGUUAAGGCGUUCAACUACGUUGCGAUAUAUUUUCCGUUCUGAUUAUGAUCUGCUUAUCUUUGACACGUUCAUUUUUCUUUACUCUUGUAUCAUCUCAAACACAGAAAAAAGAAGAAUAUGUAACAUAUUAUAUAUCAUUAUUGUGAUCUGGAUUAACUUUAAUUAAUGUGCAAUCUUCUAGCUAAAUAGGCCUUGUUUCUAACGGUACAUAUCCAUGUAUGUAUCUUUAAUACAAAAAAAUAAUAAAAUGAACGUCAUCACGAUAUGUGCGACGAUAGAUUAGAAAAUCAUUUACCUACAAACGCUAUCGUCGGUGCCGCAGUUAGUUCGGAAAGUCGCAACGUUGAGUCGCGACGUCCAAUAUGGCAGCAUUUUUGACAGCAGUCUAUGGCGAUCCACGGUUCUACGAGGGUCCAGUCAGCGAUUCCAUGAGUUUGUCCGGACUGCAAGCAGCUGUAACCGUUCGUAACAUGUCACAAUGGGGUUGCUAUUGACUCACUGGCACGUAGCAGAUUGAACGAAAAUGUCAGAAUCUAAGGAUAGUCAGGUGGAAAAGUGCGACAUUGUCCUACCAAGGCAAGGUCUGUUAUAUCAGGAGGAUACACUGAAUUAUAUACUCUGCAAACCUAAAUUGAUCCCGUUGAAAUCGGUGACCCUGGAGAAGUUGGAGAAAAUGCAGAGGGAAGCUGAGAUUAAAGUCAGAGAAACGCAAGAAGCAGAAGCUAGUUCGGACUUGAAUGCAUAAAUAUUUAUGUGCAUUAACUGAUAACAGUUUGGAAGUGAUAAGAUGCAUUAAAAGUACCACUGUUAGUAUCGAGAUAAAAAAGACAAG